GGAGGUGAUCGGGGUGUCAUGGCGGCGGUGCGGUAGGGAAGGGGAGCUGAGGGGGGAGGCCCCGGUCUCAUCGCCUUUCAUUGCCUCUUUGCUUCAGGAGCAUCUUCGGAUGGUGGCUUCUGCGGACACGGGUUUGGUACCCGGAAAGGAGCUGGGUUUAAGUCACUUCGGGUACGUGCUAAGUUCCCCUAAAGGACACAGUUAAACACGCCUUUGUUUUGCUGAUCAUGGAUGAAGAGAGCCUGGAAGCAGCGAUUCAAACCUACAAUGCCCAACUGCAGCAGGUGGAGCUGGCGCUGGGCGCAGGCCUGGACCCGGCCCAGCAGUCGGACUUGGUUCAGUUACAGGAGGAUUUAAAGCAGCUGAUAGAGCUGACCGAGGCCAGCCUGGUGUCUGUCAGAAAGAGCAAGCUCCUGGCUACACUGGAUACAAACACUGCCUCCUCCAGCCCAGGAGGGCUCCUGGAGCAGGGCACCAGCCCGGACACGUCUGCACAGGAUGAGGAGUAUGCUGCCUUUAAAGAAGCCAUUGCUGAGAUCGGGAGGGAUGAGAAGGCUUCGGGUGAUAACAGUGAGAGGUCAUCAAAGAGGGGGGAGGAAACUGAUGACAGAGAUGAAUCAAAACACAGUGAAGAGGAGAAGGAGUCGGACAGAGAGGAAGAGGAGGACGAGGAGGAGGAGGGAUUGAGUGGGAUGAAGGUUAAAGCACCCUACUACAGCUCCUGGGGGACGCUGGAGUACCACAACGCCAUGAUUGUGGGGACAGAGGAGUUGGAGGAUGGCAGCGCAGGGGUGCGAGUGCUUUACCUGUACCCAACCCACAAGUCCCUGAAGCCCUGUCCCUUCUUCCUGGAUGACAAAUGCAGAUUCAAAGAGAACUGUCGGUUUUCCCAUGGGCAGGUGGUCUCUGUGGAGGAGCUUCAGCCGUUCCAGGAGCCCAACCUGAGCACACUGCAAGUGGGCUCAUCCUGCCUGGCAAAGCACAGUGAUGGGAUAUGGUAUGCAGCAAAGAUAACUGACAUCGACAGUGGUUACUACACGGUGAAGUUUGAUUCUCUGCUGCUCAAGGAAGCUGUGGUGGAAGGAGACAGUGUCAUUCCCCCGCUGCGAAGUGAAGAGGCUGCUGAGUCUGAUGAAGACAGUGUUGAUGAUUCUGGUUAUGCUAAAGUGAUAGACUCAAGAGUUCCAGAGAAUGGGGAAUGGUCUCCUGCAUGCAGCUCCUCCUUCGGUGGCUGGGAAGCUCAUACUCGUGGUAUCGGCUCCAAACUGCUUGUUCAGAUGGGAUAUGAGUUUGGGAAAGGGUUAGGGAAGAACGCUCAGGGCCGAGUGGAGCCUGUGCAGGCUGUGGUGCUGCCUCGAGGGAAGUCCCUCGACCAAUGUGCGGAGGUGCUGCAGAGGAGGAAGCAGGGGAAGCUGGACCCAGGCAAAGCCAGGAAGUGCCAAGCAAAGGGAAGCAGCCGGAAGCCUUCCCACAAUGUGUUUGACUUCCUGAAUGAGAAGCUGCGAGGGAAGGGCUCUGGGGAGAAGGCUGCAGGGAUGGCAGUGCCCAGGAGGACCAGCAAAGAGAUCUACCAUGCCAGCAAGAGCACCAGGAAGGAGCUGAGUGUCCGUCUCCUCCAGACAGUGGAGAAGAUCGAGCAAACACAGAGGGAUAUCAUAGGAAUCCAGCAGGCCCUGGAACGCAACAUUGGGCGGCACAGCGUUGCUACAGCUCAGCUGAAGGAGAAGCUGGCUAAUGCCCACAGACAGCUGGGGCAGCUGCAGGCCCAGGAAGCCAGUCUGCAGCAGGAGCAGAAGAAAGCAGACACACACAAGAAGAUGACUCAGUUCUAGUCUCUCAGAGAGGUGUUUGACUGCAGGGAUUGUCCUUCCAGCCAGCCCUGGUGCUCACAGCCUCAGAGCCUGGGGGAGCCUUCCUGCUCCUCUGGGCCUCUGGCUGCCCAGCCUGGAAAAUGGGCUGGAAAGCAGUCAUUCCUAAACCCAGAUGGCUCUGAGCAUUGCUGGGAAGGGGAGGAGCACACAUCCUGGAAGCAGUCAAUGGGUCUGAGCCUUCCAUGAGGGCUGGCCACAAGAAACAGGAUUCUCUGCUCUCUUUGCACACUUCUUCCCUUUGCUAUCACUGCAGAGCCUGUAGCUCCUCGGAUGGUAACGUUGCUGACUGCACACCAGCUGAGAAGGGGCUUUGAAAGCCCCACAUCCUGCCAUCAACUGUGGCUUGUGUUGGCAGCCAACUGACAAACACAGAGCAGAGGCAGGGUCCCAGAGCAGAGCAAGGUGAAAACAACAAAGGCCAAUGGCUUCAGCUGCUCUCUGCCUUGUAGGUUUUGCCAUGGGAUUGAGCUGAGAGCACAGUUUUAGGGGGAGCAGCUCCUUAUAGCUUCAGUGUAAUGAACACACAGAAAACUGGCAGCUUGGAGGGGGGCACUCAUUGCCUCAAGCUUCAGGUUUCAUGUUUGGGUGUAAGAGUAUCCCAGGACAUGCUGUAGCCUCAUUGACUUGGCAUGGGAGCCGCGUGGUUCCAUACGUGGAGUGCCAAAGCUGGGGGGGUAAGAGCAGAGUGACAGAGCUUCAAACCUCCCAGUUCUGUCCCAGGUGGCUCACUGGACACAGGACCUUAACCCCCCUCAGGACCCAGAUCCAGGCCCUGGCUGAGCACUGACAUGGGUCUGUGCAGUGCAGCCCUGUCUGUGGCAGAGCUUCAGGCUGGGCUGGGGGCAGGUGGAGCAAGUGCCCUUCCCUGCAGUGUGGACAGGAGGGAUGUGUUCCCAUUGUGCAUUGGUGGCAGCCCCAGAGGAGAUGGUGGCUUCAUCAGGCUCUUUCUGGUGGGCCUGGUGCAGUGGGAUUGCUUUUAGAAGAAAUAAAUGUUUCCAAUUUCA